AACCGCCGCCGCAUGAGUCCAUGACAUAGGCCCAAUACACGUUUCUUAAUAGAAACCCAACACACGUGACACUAACCAAAGCCCACACUGACAAUUACUAAAUCAGUUACAGCCCAAUUAGUUACAAAUAACAGAUUGACAAUGUAAAAGACUAUAUUAACCUUGACAAAUAGCAGAUUGACAAUGUAAAAGACUGUUCAAUGUCUGUAAAUAUUCAUUGCCAUGGCAGUAGGGAAGUUCCCACUUUACACUUCGUCACAGAAGGCAUCACUGUCACUGUAAAUAAGCUUGCCCCCACAAUUAUUUAUUGCUGUUUCUAGACUAGCUUAGGCUGUGAGAGACUGAUUGGAGAGGGAUCCUACUCACUCUCUAUCUCUCUCUCUCUCUAGUAUCUUUGUAUUUUUUUUUUAGGAAUUUCGGUUCAAGUGCAAUUUUGAUUUCUGGUGUGUGUUGUCUCGAGGAGGCGAAUUCGGUGGAAAUCGGGAUGGCGAAGGACGGAGGGAGUGCGAGUGAAGUCACCGGUCGAGCUCCUGGUGUUCUUCUCGUCUCCGCUGGUGCUAGCCAUUCGGUUGCUCUUCUCACUGGGGACAUUGUUUGCUCAUGGGGACGAGGAGAGGAUGGACAGUUAGGUCAUGGAGAUGCGGAGGAUCGGCUUUCUCCUACAAAAUUGAGUGCAUUAGAUGGCCAUGAAAUAGUAUCGAUAACGUGUGGAGCUGAUCAUUCAACUGCAUUUUCUGAAUCACGUUUGGAAGUUUAUAGCUGGGGAUGGGGUGAUUUUGGGAGGUUGGGACAUGGUAACUCUAGUGAUUUGUUUAUCCCCCAACCAAUUGAAACAUUGUGUGGUGUGAGAAUCAAGCAAAUUGCUUGCGGGGACAGCCACUGUUUAGCCGUGACUAUGGAAGGCGAGGUGCUGAGUUGGGGCCGGAAUCAAAAUGGUCAACUUGGUCUAUGCACCACAGAAGACUCUCUUGUUCCACAAAAGAUUCAAGUUUUCCAGGGCAUACCAAUCAAAAUGGUUGCUGCUGGUGCUGAACAUACAGCAGCAAUUACAGAGGAUGGAGUGCUCUAUGGGUGGGGCUGGGGCCGAUACGGAAACUUAGGCUUAGGUGACAGAAAUGAUCGUUUAGUUCCUGAGAAAGUUUCCACAGUCAAUGGUGAGAGGAUGGUUAUGGUUGCCUGUGGAUGGCGGCACACAGUAUCUGUCUCAUCAUCUGGAGGUUUAUACACUUAUGGCUGGAGCAAAUAUGGUCAAUUAGGACAUGGGGACUUUGAGGAUCACCUUGUUCCUCAUAAGUUGGAAGCGUUGCGUGGAAGUUUCAUUUCACAGAUAGCUGGUGGUUGGAGACACACAAUGGCACUUACUGCUGAUGGAAAACUCUAUGGCUGGGGUUGGAAUAAGUUCGGACAGGUUGGAGUUGGUGACAAUGUCGAUCAUUGUUCUCCUGUUCACGUGACGUUUCCCCAUGAGCAGAAAAUUGUUCAAGUAUCAUGUGGAUGGAGACACACACUUGCUAUUACCGUACGACAAAAUGUAUUCUCUUGGGGAAGGGGUAUAAAUGGACAGCUUGGGCAUGGGGAAUCUGUUGACCGAAAUACUCCUAAGAUGAUUGAUGCACUGAGUUUUGAUGGAUCUAGUGGACAGCAUAUAGAGUCCUCAGCACUUGAUCUGUCAACAGGUAAAACCUCAGUCUCCCCAUCAGAUAGAUAUGCUGUUGUUCCUGAUGAAACUGGCCAAACAUUCAAUUCAGUCAGAGGCAAAGGGAAUGAAGCAAGCGUUCCUGAAGGUGAUGUCAAAUGAAUACGAGUUGAUCUCAGAUAGAAUCUUUUGCGACACACAGGUAGAACCUGGCUGUUACAUGUUUGUCAAUGCGAUGCAUUAUGACUUAAAUUCCUAGUGCUUGUUUACCAGAAAUGUAGUGCAAUAGUGUUGCGGACUCAACUAACCUGCUAGUUUAAUUUUUUUGCUCCAUUAAAUCCAAUGGUCAGAACCUCUCCAUUGUUUUCUCUGUUUCCAAUUUUCUAUUAUUGGGUACAGAGAUAAUGAAAUCAAGAUCAAUUUAUGUGG